GCAGGCUGGCUUCCGCUUCCGGGUGGCGUCUCUCCGUGGCGCGCUGUUGAAGCUGAGCGGUCGCCAUGGAGCUUUCGGGCGAGUACGUCGGUUGUGACGGGGAGCCGCAGCGGCUACGAGUGUCCUGUGAGGCGUCGAGCGACGCGGACCCUCUCCAGAGCCUGUCGGCGGGCGUGGUCCGGAUGAAGGAGUUGGUAGCGGAGUUCUUCGGGACAUUAGUGGAGCAGGACGCGCAGGGCGUGGCGGAAGAUCCGGACGACGCUUUGGAUGGUGAUGAUGAAGAUGAUGCAGAAGAUGAAAAUAACACUGGUAGAACUAACUCAGAUGGACCAUCUGCAAAACGUCCAAAACCAGCAUCUUAACAAUAGUGUUAGGACAUUAAGACUGCUGCUAGGUUGAGUGCGAUGAUGCAUACAUGUAAUCCCAGUUAAUUCAGAGGCUGAGGCAGGAGAAUUCAAAGUUGGAGGCCAGCUUGUGUGCUGCAUGUCAAGACUUUGCCUCAAAAAAAAAAAAGCCAAGAUAGCAGAGCGCUGCUAUUUCAUCACCUGCUGGAACUUACAGAAGACCUGUGCUCUAGUUGGGGAACUCAUUUCUUUUGUUUGAUUGGAACAAGUUCAUCACAAAGCAAACUUCCUUGUUUCUAACAAAGAAAAGAACAACAAAUGUGUGGGAGUGAACUCUUGUUUUCUCAUCCUAAAAUAAAAUGGAACCAUUCAUAGUGGACGGAAUCUAAAUUGGCAAAUGAAUUUUUAUGUUUGUUUUUCUCCUUUAAAAUGAUCAUUGAAUCAAAUGGUGUGUGUCUACAUCUUUUCGGUGUUUAUAAAAGCUGCUUAUCAUAGUUCAUAGGCAAUUAAUAUUUAAAAGAAUUGAUAAGAGAAAUAUGAUUUGUGUGUGUAUAUAUACGUCUGUACAAGUAUAGAUGUGAGGCUCAAAUCAAUAAAAUACAUUGAUUGUAACUUA